AUGGCUCCGGAUAGCCUAGCUAUGAUUGGGCUUCCAUGCACAUCAUUUGUGCAAAUCAACUAUGCAACCCAUAGGCGGUGUGCAGAAAACCUGUAUGGUCGAGAGGACCAGUUCCGCUACAUAGGAGAAGCCAACACGAUAGCUGUUCGGACAGUCAUCAUCAUGAUGAUUCUGACGGUCAGGGGCUGCUACUAUCUACUAGAACAACCAGGAAGUUCCAAGUUUCUUUUGUUCCCCGAGCUGCUGUUCCUGCAGCAAACCUUGGAGAACUCUGGCAUCCCAAACUUCUUUACAAGAUUUUGGAUGGGAUCAUGGGGUGCAAAAUCACCAAAGCUGUCUAUGGCCAUUGCUUCUUCGCCCUACGUCGUGGCACUGAAGAAAAAGCUUGGAAAGUUUGAGAGGGCCAGGCUGAAGCUCAAUUCAGCAGGCAUUUGCAUUUGUAAGGGGAAACCCGAUGGUUCAAAGUCCUACCAGGGGGGCCCGAACCUUCGAAGCACACAGGUUUAUCCCCGCAAAUUUGCAGCCAAACUCUUCAAGAUGCAUGCCAAGCUGAAGGCCAGGCUUGAUCCGGGGGCUGCCACAAACUAG